CAGAGUAUUGAUAGGGAUGAAGGCAUAACAAGUAUUGAUAGGGAUGCAGGCAUGAAGAGUAUUGAUAGGGAUGAAGGCAUAAAGAGUAUUGAUAGGGAUGAAGGCAUAAAGAGUAUUGAUAGGGAUGAAGGCAUAAAGAGUAUUGAUAGGGAUGAAGGCAUACAGAGUAUUGAUAGGGAUGAAGGCAUACAGAGUAUUGAUAGGGAUGAAGGCAUAACAAGUAUUGAUAGGGAUGCAGGCAUGAAGAGUAUUGAUAGGGAUGAAGGCAUAAAGAGUAUUGAUAGGGAUGAAGGCAUAAAGAGUAUUGAUAGGGAUGAAGGCAUAAAGAGUAUUGAUAGGGAUGAAGGCAUAAAGAGUAUUGAUAGGGAUGAAGGCAUAAAGAGUAUUGAUAGGGAUGAAAGCAUAAAGAGUAUUGAUAGGGAUGAAAGCAUAAAGAGUAUUGAUAGGAAUGAAGGCAUAAAGAGUAUUGAUAGGGAUGAAGGCAUAAAGAGUAUUGAUAGGAAUGAAGGCAUAAAGAGUAUUGAUAGGGAUGAAAGCAUAAAGAGUAUUGAUAGCGAUGAAGGCAUAAAGAGUAUUGAUAGGGAUGAAAGCAUAAAGAGUAUUGAUAGGAAUGAAGGCAUGAAGAGUAUGGGAUUACAGCCUAAAGAGUAUAGGGAUGAAAGCAUGAUGAGUAUAAGAUAAGAUAAUUUUCUGACAAAUUUUCGAGUAUUGGCAGUAUGGGAAUAAAUGGAAUGGCAACAUGAAUAAAUAUGGGAGGGAAGAUUAUGAAAAGCUUCAAAU